AUGGUGAAGGCGUUUGGCAGUGGAGUCUUUGACAUCAUCCAUAGCUCCAAUGCCAUUGACCACUCGCACGACCCCAUUGCGGCAUUGAAGGGCCUCCUCCGGUCGCUUCGCCCGGGACGACCUCUGUACCUGCAGCAUUGGGAGAAUGAGGGACAAAGUCAAAAUUACACAG